AUGUACGAACAAUAUUCUGGGACUUCCUCUCAAAGCACUUACAAUACUGUCAUGCCAGACGUGUGUCCAUUCCUUGAUUGUGGGAUGAAAGUUGAUAUCAUAUAUCCAGUCUCUACCUCUGCUAGGAGAGGUUCACAAUCAUUUCAAUCAAGUGGAACUUCGGCCUUAUCUAAUUUGAUAGGCGAAAAGUUUAACCUAUUUUCAUCAAUACCAGAAGAUCCGAUGGAGGAAGUCAAGGAUACCUGCUCAGCCGAAGAUAGUAGUAAGAAACGAACUAAUACAUCCACCGAAGAGUUAACUAGUAAGAAAAAGAAGACAUCUGAUAAGGAGGGCGAUUCCGCUAUGUUGAAAAAGCUUGUUAAGGAGCUAAAGGAUGAUAGUAACAAUCAAGAAUUGUCAUUUCCCACCCAGUCACCUGAAGAUAGUUAUACUCAUCUUUAUAAAGAAAUCGUUAAAGCCAAAACUCAAAAUGAUUCUGCUAAAAAAGGUGGUCUUGAUACAGAGGGUGUUGUUGGACGCGAUCUAUUAGAAGAAGAAAAUGCUCGAGAGAUUCUCGAUGACUGUAAUCUUCUUGGUGUAUUAGGUGAUGAUGAUAGCGUUACU